UCCAGACUCAUCACAUAUCGCCAUAAUUUUCUUGACGAAACUGGUUUUCAUUUGAGAACCGCUAUAGCUACAAUUUGUUCUUAUCGUUGAGUGACUGGUGAUCACAAAAUGACAGAGAAUAUUUUCUUGUUUGUGCCCAACAUUAUAGGCUAUGCCCGUAUCAUCUUGAAUAUCAUUUCAUUUUGGUACAUGAAAACAGACUAUGUUACAGCGUUUUUUUGUUAUAUGCUGAGUGCAUUUCUUGAUGCAUUUGAUGGACAUGCUGCCAGGAUGCUUGGGCAAGGUACAAAGUUCGGUGCUAUGUUGGACCAGCUAACAGAUCGUACAGCCACCAUGUGUUUGAUGGUAGUCUUGUCAUAUUUCUAUCCACAAUGGAUGUUUUUUUUUCAAAUGUCAAUGUCUAUUGACAUUGUUAGUCACUGGAUGCAUUUGCAUAGUGCGAGUGUACAGGGAGUUUCUAAUCACAAGUUAAUUGAUCCAGCUGGCAAUCCAAUACUACGUAUUUAUUAUACAUCUCGACCUUUUGUGGAUUGUAUGUGUAUCGGAAAUGAGAUCUUCUAUAUAUCUCUCUAUUUAUUGUACUUCACAGAAGGACCAAAAAUUCGAUUCCUGUCCUACUCGAUCGGAUUAUGGCGAUUGUGUUUGUACAUCAGUACUCCAGUAGCACUUGUCAAAACAGGCAUCAGUGUAGCCCAGCUUCUGAAUGCAUGUCAGAAGAUGGCAACACUCGACAUAGCAGCAAGAAUGUAA